GGUUGGACUGGGUGGUCCUUGGAGUCUCUUCCAACUCUAUGAGUCUAUGAUUCUAAUAUGGCCCUGCUGCCCUGCCUACCUACUGCUGCUACCAAAGGAGGCUAAAGCAAGAAAAUGAGAUGAUGUUGCAAGAUAAUGGAGUGCUGUGACAAUGAUGAUGAUGAUUGAUGAUGAUAUGUCUCAUAGACACCCCACACCCCUAAAACUGGGACUCAAAGCACAUCAGGAUUUAAAAGAACCAUACAGUUUAAACUGUAACAAAGUGAAAUUUAAAAUAAAACUAUUCACAGUAUUAAAGCAAUCCUUACCCCAAGUUAAAAGGAUAAGAUGCUUUCUUUAAAACCAUAUGCAUAAAGUUUUUUGUGGGUUUUUCAGGCUAUGCAGCCAUGUUCUAGAAGAGGUUAUUCCUGACAUUUCACCACAAAUGCUGGUGAAACACCAGAAAUAAACUCUUCUAGAACAUGGCCACAUAGCCCAAAAAAGCCACAUAAAACUGUGGCGACUCCACAUAUGCAUAAACUUUGCAUAAAUGGAGAUGAUGGCAAUAACAAACACAGAGGCAUCCAGACAAGACCCAGAACUGGAGAGAAGCCCAAAGGAGACGGAGUAGCGUCACCCUGGCACUGAAGGGGCCAAAUGGCUCCCAGACUAUCACCCAGGAGCAACCCUGAAACCCUGGGGCCCCAAAACAGGCAGAGUAACCCUCAAGGAGCAGUCAAGGGCUAGACAGCCAUCCUCUGUGUUUUCCUUCUGAAUCUAAACUGGGGAGAUACGCUUGGCCAGCCGUUCCCUUGCCUGGAUUGUGGGAGCCAAAAUCAAAGCAGGAACUCGGGUACAGCAGGCAGUCCUUGAAUGUAACAAUUUGGUUCAUCCGCUGACCACCAAUUUCUCAACCAAAUCAGAUGCACAGGGACAACAGUUCCCCUCACAUUCCUGGCCUGUGUUAGAAGCUCAUCAGGCCAGAACACUAUGCAGAGGCACUGUGGGCAGUCUUCUUGGCAGGUGCAUGGACUCUCACGAGUUGUUGGUUACGUAAUGUAUUUCUUAAUGUAGAAUGCAAGACUGUAGGUCAAAACAAAUAGGCACUACCCCCCAAAAUUAAGACAAGAUGGCUGAAACCGCCAAGUCUCCUUGCCUCCCAAGUGACCGAUCACCUUGAGGCUUUGGCACUUGCUUUACUGCCUCAACUGAGACCAAGAGGAGAGUGGUGCCGGAGGGCAAGUCCGCUUCCACAUGCACCCCUCCUUGGAACUGGCAGCCAGGUCAUGAAAAGGUGCCAGGAGCCCCUCGUCUGCAAUGAAAUGUCUUUGCAGCCAUCCAUUCGGACAAAGCCCUCUUGACUCAGGGGACUUGCACUUCCUCACAUUAAAUAGACACAUGAUUUAAUCUGUGUCUUUUCGCUGCAUGUAUUGAUGCCUUAUAGGUUUGUAAACUUUAUUUUUAAAAUCUGACAUAAAUGAAUUUUUUCUGUAGGACACAUUAGAAGUUGUACUGAAAGGCAAGGUUUAAAAAAACAAAACAAAGUUGAAGUCAGUCAGGACCUCUCUGCCUGGACAAAACUGCUGCCAGUUGCGUUUGUCAACAGAAACUGACCUGGAUUAGUCAUUAAUCAGUUAUUAAUUCAUCCCGCUGAAGUAGUCUGGGUAACCGGAGCCACUGUGGCAGAAAAGGCAAAUUACUAUUUACAUUUCAUUGGUUUUUGAAGGUUGUCUCAAGGGCACCUGUGCCAGGGAGAGAAGUGUUUUCUGGCCAGCUGGGCAAAGCCCAGCCCUCCUCCUCCUCUCCUGCUGCAGAGCAGGGCCGCCAUUUCCUCCUCACAGGCCGUCAUGACAAGGAAGUUGUUAGUAUGCAGUGGGUAACACACAUUGCAGAGGCUGGGUUACAAACGAUACAAGUUAAACUGAGGGUUUUAAGCAGAGGCUGGAUGACCAUCUGUCGGUGGAGCUUUGAUUGCCCAUCGUGGACAGCCAGACCUGUUGCUUCUUCCACCGUCAUGCUGAGGCUCCGGCUGUUGACUUGGGAUGUGAAGGACACACUGAUCCGGCUCCGGCUCCCAGUGGGGGAGAGCUACUCAGCAGGGGCCCGGGCCCAGGGUCUCCAGGUGUCGGCCGAAUCCCUUGAGGCUUCCUUCCACAAGGCCCACCAGGCCCAAAGCCACCGAUUCCCCAACUACGGCCUGGAGAAGGGCCUGGACUCCAAACAGUGGUGGCUGGACCUCGUCUUGGAGACCUUCCGGCUCUCUGGCAUCCAGGACGAAGGCCUCCUCCAGCCUCUUGCAGAGAAAUUCUACCAGGAUUACAGCAGCCCGGACAACUGGGAGCUGCUCCCAGCAGCCCGGGAGACCCUCCACCAGUGCCAACAGCUGGGCAUCCCCAUGGCUGUGGUCUCCAACUUUGACCGGAGGCUGCCAGACGUCUUGACCCGCUGCGGCCUCAGGCAGCACUUUGCAUUUGUCUUGAGUUCAGAGGAAGCAGGAUUUGCCAAGCCAGACAAACGGAUCUUUCUGGAAGCCCUCCGCAUCUCAGGAGUGGCCCCCCAACUAGCCGCUCAUGUGGGGGAUGACUACAAGAAUGACUACAGGGCCGCCAGGGAGGCAGGGAUGCACAGUUUCUUGCUCAAAGGGGUGGCUGACCAAAUGGGAGACCAGCGGCAAGCAGAAGUACCCCAUGGCCACCUCCUGGAAUCCCUCUCCCAGCUGCCCUCCCGGAUUGAGCGAGAUUAGGCAAGGGGCUUCCUGGACUCCCCCUCUCCUUGGUUGUCUGGUGGGGAGGGUGGGAGACCCCUGAAAAGCCAAGGUUGACUCCCACCCCGUGCUCCCCUGUUGCAAAGCGCUGCCGCCUUGAGUACUGAAAGGGGCUUUAUGACAGGGAAAAGAUGCUGGCCCAGCCUAGCCCUUUCCCUUCCACACUCAUGUGGAGGCACUAAGGACUGCUUCCUUCUUGUGCUUCCCCCAACACACGGGUAAUUCAACAGAUGUGACCUAAGAAGGAUUUUGCUGGAUGUAAGGACUGGCUCUGGAAAGACAUGGGUCAAAGUGAGACAUGGCAAAGUGAUUCUGGUACAGCAAAAUUUGUGUUUUUAGCUGUCUAGUUUCCUGGGUGGAUUUGGUGUGAUCCACAUUUCCAGAUAUAGUAAGGUCAGUAGGUGUUUCCUGUCAUUUGGGAUAUAGCAGAAUCCCCCUCUGCCCAUGUUAUUUAUUUAAAUAAAAACCUUAAUUAAUCUGCAACUGCAUUUGUGAUC